AUGAGCGACCAGGAAUGGGACCUCCUCAUCAAUGCGCCCCAUAAAGGAAACGAUGGGAAGACCCUUCCGGUAAAGCUGGAGACGAUCGAGAAGCUCGCGAGCGACCAGCUGCAAAACAUAGCCUCCAUCAGGACAGUUAUCCAUGAUCUCUACAGGAAUUUCCUGACGGAAGAGCUAGAAAACGAGACCGUCUUCGAAAAGGAAUAUCGCGCGGCCGCAAUAGAACGUCUGCAAGCAAAUCCGCGUGCCGCGGUGAUCGAUACUCGAAAGAAGUUCUCCAUAAGAUGCUGCUGCAGCAGCGAGCACAGCUCGCGGGCGGAGAGCCCCGGAGGCCUUGAGCAUAGGGAGUUGCGCAUUGUAAAAGAGAACUCUGAGUUCGCUGAGGGGAUCAAGGAAGAGGAAGAUGCGCAAAUGGACCCCGAAGAAGAAGAAGAAGUCCCUCCACCAGAACUAGCGGAGGAUGAGGAGUCCGGCGAGGAAGAUGACGGUGAUAGGCAGGGAAGCCCACCAGCUCAGGAGGAAAGGCAAGAAGACGUAGCCGACAAUAACGUGCAACUUGGCGCAGAGCCGGAAGAAGAAGAGCCCGAGGCUGUGGAGCCCCCCGAGGUCCGACUUGCGCGAAUGAGAAUGAAAAAAAAAAAAAAUCAAUAA